AUGUACAGUGGUAGAGGUGGUCAACGUGGUGGAUACCAUAACAACAAUAGAAACAAUGGUCGGAAUGGUAACUACAACUCAAAUUCUUUCAUGAAUCCACAACAAAGUUUGGAUCGAGCAAAUGCUUUUGCUAAUUCCAACUUGGUCACUGUGGAAAUACAGGGAUGGACGAACGCAUCACCACAAAACUUAGUGUCCUUUAUCAGCCGGAAAACCAGGAUAUCUUUACAAAAUGUCAACUCAAAUGCAACAACAGGCAUAUUGACGGCUACAGUGAAAAGCAUGAAGCAGGCACAGGAUCUUGAACGCUGUACAGGAAUGAGAUUUGCAGGCAAUUCAUUGAAAAUAAGGAUUCUUGAUAAGCAGGAUGACACAAAAAAUCCAGCAACAUCCAGCACUAUAGAACUAUUAAGAUCCUUUUUACGCAUGAGAUACAAUCCCACAUCAAAAAUGUUGGACCUCACGAAUAUGGUGAACGAGGCGAGCCUAGUUCAGGCAGGUUUAUUUUCAACAACAAAUACAUCAGCGAAGUUUUUUUCUGCUUUAAUGAAGCUGGCCACACAUGAUAAACUAGAUAUAGAGUCAGUAAACCUAUCAGAAAACUCAUUAGAUGAACGUUGUAAAUAUCUUCUUGACCUUGCUCUAAGCUACCCAGCGUUAAAGAAUCUUGCUUUCGCCAACAACAAUUUCACUAGGGUAGACUUUUUGGAAAAGCUUAAGGGCAAGUUCUCGCUUCUUCGUGAACUUAUUAUUACGGGUAAUCCGCUUUUGAAUAACAACGACCCAGGAACCCUAAAACGAAUUAUUGCAAUAUUUCCACGACUUAUAAUAUUGAAUGGUCAACAAGUGAGAGAUGAAGGCAGAGUGAACGCGCUGUUUAAAUUUCCAGUUACAAAGAAGGCAAUGUUUUUUGAAACUCCAGAUCUCUCGAAAGUUGCUGCCAACUUUGUUUCUGCUUAUAUAAGGCUUUGGGAUCAACAGAGAACCGAAUUGUUGCAACUAUACACGCCGGAUUCACAGUUUUCUUAUCAAGUUGACACAACACAUAUGGGCUCUGUUCCAAUGAACAUGGGAUCAAACUGGUCAAACUACUUGACCCAUUCAAGAAACUUAAAGAGAGUUUCUGGGGCUAGACCACGAAUGUCGAAAUUGGCCGUGGGUUCCGAUACAAUUAUGAAGGUUUUCCAAAGUUUGCCAAAAACAAAACAUUCGUUACAGGAGAGUCCUAACUUAUAUUCUAUGGAAACCAUAUCAUUUCCGUCUCUAAAUGGAAUGCAAAUCACAUUGCACGGCGAAUUCAAUGAAACAGGUGCUGCAGACCAUCCAUUAUCCAAUAAUAACAACCACCGCGGUGGAAAGUUUAAUAAAUAUAACCAACAAAGAGGUCCAGCAUUUGAAAAACGGUCCUUUGAUAGAACUUUUGUGGUAGUUCCUGGACCAAAUGGUAAUUUCAUAGUUGCUUCUGAUAUGCUUCUUGUUAAACCUUAUGCGGGAAAUUCUGCUUGGCUUGAAACUAAGAAUAUUGCCGCUCCUGCAGCUGUGACAACUCCAGCUCCUUUGAACAAUACAAAUCCUACGAUACAUCCAGCAGCACCAACAGGAAACAUCCCACAGGAGAUUGCCGCAAAAUUGAACCCCGAGCAGCAACAAUUAGUGUUGAAGAUUAUGCAGGACACGAAGUUAAAUUUACAAUUUUCGAUAAUGCUUUUAGAGCAGAGCGGAUGGAACUAUCAAGCGGCAGGACAAAAUUUCAUGAGCUCAAAGAGUCAGAUUCCACCUCAGGCGUAUCAGCAGUGA